AAUUCGGUGAGGUGUGAAGUUGGUCAGCAGUUGUUGUUCUCCGUCUCCUCCCCCUCGGUCUCAGUCAUAUGACACCUGACUCUUGACUCCACUUCCUCAAACUUUAAAGCCCGACUCCGGGAUUCCAGGCACCGCGUGCGGCUCGUUCUCUCUCUCUCUCCCCGGAGCACGAACCUGAACGCGGCCUUCAUCUGAACGGCAGCGCCGGGGUGAGAGCGUGCGAGCGCAGCAAGGCCCGGAGCAGCACCGCGGAGGCUCCCGUAGCGGCUCGAGGUUCCCCCCGGGCAGGCAUGAGCGGAGGCAGGGGCGGCGGAGCUGCGGCACCCCGGCGGCGGAGCGGAGGACGCGCCGCAGCCGCAGCCCUGACGCUGCUGACGGCGUUGCUCACCUGCUGCGUCAGGUGCGCGGAGGGCGUCAAACCGAGCAACAUCGUCCUCGUGCUGGUGGACGACCAGGACAUUGUGCUGGGGGGGAUGACGCCUAUGAAGAAAACGAAAGAGCUAAUAGGAGAAGCAGGAGCAACUUUUGUGAAUGCUUUCACGGUCACGCCGCUGUGCUGCCCCAGCAGGAGCAGCAUCCUGUCGGGUCGGUACCCCCACAACCACGAGGUGCGGAACAACUCCCUGUCCGGGAACUGCUCCAGCGCUCAGUGGCAGAAAGGACCCGAAGCCGAGGCGUUCCCCAUCUACCUCAGCAAGCAGAAGUACCAGACGUUCUUCGGCGGGAAAUACCUGAACCAGUACGGCACCAAAGCCGCCGGAGACGUCGACCAUAUUCCCCCUGGCUGGGACCAGUGGAACGCCUUGGUGGGGAACUCCCAGUACUACAACUACACUCUGUCUGUGAACGGCAAAGCGGAGCAGCACGGGGACAGCUAUGAGAAGGACUACCUGACCGACCUCAUCCUGAACCGUUCGCUCAGCUUCCUGGAUGACAGAAGCCCCCAGCAUCCCUUUUUCGUCAUGCUGGCGCCGCCGGCGCCUCACUCCCCGUGGACGGCGGCGCCGCAGUACCAGAAGGAGUUCAACAACGUGCAAGCUCCCCGAGACGGCAGCUUCGACAAACCGGGGAAGGACAAACACUGGCUGCUGCGUCAGCCUGUCAACCCCAUGCCAAACAGCUCCCUCACAUUCUUGGAUAACGCCUACAGGAGGAGGUGGCAGGCGCUGCUGUCUGUGGACGACAUGGUGGAGAAGCUGGUGAAGAAACUGGACAGUAUAAACGAGCUGAACAACACCUACAUCUUCUACACCUCAGAUAACGGCUACCACACAGGUCAGUUCUCUCUGCCCAUCGAUAAGAGGCAGCUGUAUGAGUUUGACAUCAGGACGCCGCUGCUGGUCCGUGGCCCUGGCAUCAAACCGAACCAGACGAUAAAGGCUCCGGUGCUGAACAUCGACCUCGCCUCCACCUUCCUUGACAUCUCUGGCGUCAACCUGUCCACCGUCAACGUGGAUGGACAGUCUUUCCUCGCUCAGAUGGCCCCGUCGCUGCGGAACGGCACGGUGCGACCGUUCUUCCUCAUUGAAUACACCGGAGAGGGAAACCCAACCAAGGACCCGACCUGCCCGAAGCUUGGCCCCGGAGUGUCUCAAUGCUUCCCGGACUGCGUGUGUGAGGACGCCUUCAACAACACGUACGCCUGUGUGCGGACGCUCGACGGCAAGCAGGACCUGCAGUACUGCGAGUUCGCGGACAGCGAGUCUUUUGUAGAAAUGUACAACAUGACGUCAGACCCACACCAGCUGGAGAACAUCGUGAAGAAGGUGGAUCCGUCGAUCCUGCAGGACAUGAACCAGCGGCUCAUAAAGCUGCAGUCCUGCAUGGGGGACAGCUGCCGUAACAUCAAGUAGAGAGGAAGAAGAUGGCGGCGAGCGUCCUGCCACGGUCAGAGGGAAACACCCAGCGCUCUGAUGCUUCCGGACAGGUAGACAGACAUUUUGAUUGGUUUACAGAGGAAAUAAGAGUCCCGGCUGAAGUCCAUUCAUAAUCGCAUCAGUUUCAGGCUCCUGCUGUUGUUCACUUUUGAUAUUUCUGGAUGCCACCGUUCAGAGGAGAAAACUCGUUUUCUUUUAGGUCUGAACUCAGAGCAGAUGGGAAUGGUUCACUCUAAUAGUUCUUAAAAAUCUUUGAGUUUUUGAGUAGUGAAACUCCUGUCGUCUAUAUUCCAUCUCGGAAAGCUGGGGGUCAUCCAAUAUGGCCGCCAUGCACAUGAAACACAAACAAGUUGCAGUAUUCACUGGUUUAUUUAUCAGAUGGUGUCAAGAUAAACCAGUGGCGUAUAUUGUCCUGUUGCUCUUUGUCAACUUAACUCUAAAGUGUCUGAAUGCAUAAAAUGCUAAUAAGUAAAUUGCUGUUAGUGUUUCUGGCUAAUAGCAGUUAGCUAGCUCACUUAGCAAAACAACUGGCUAGUUCUGCUGGAUUUUCUGACCCUUAAGGCAAACAGACCAUUAGCUUAGCAACAGCUAGCCUAGCCUAGAGCAGCUGAAAGGACAAAAUAAAAAAAUAUAUAUUGUUCUGCUGCUCAAAAGCAACAACCUACAUGAUAAAGGAAUGAAUAAACAGUUGUUAGGUUUUACAUUCAGCCACGUUAAAAAAGCUUCAACUAGCACUUGACAAAUCAAAAUGUCUGCCGCCUUUCUAAGCGGUGCCUGUUCAUCUCGUCCCUUUUGUCUUUUAAAGCACACUUCUUUUUUUUUUUUUAUUUAAUCCAUGCUGUGACAUUUUGCAUCAUAUAAAAUGCACUAUGAAUGUUCAACUCUCUAAAUGUUUGAUUAAGACAGAAACAUAAGAAGCUGUCAGACAUAAUGGUUUGUUUCUGAUGGUGACGUCCAGCCAAAGCCUCGUCCGUUCUGUCGUAACCAUCUCUCUGUUGAACUAAACGAGACUUUAGGGUUUUGGGGUUUUUUUGUUGUUUUUUUGGGUCUGAUGUCUCCCACUCCAUGCACCAACCACCAUUAGACAGUUGAAUCAUGUUUGUCACCCAGGUGUAGCAUCACUCUCCAUAUUUAACUCACAGUAAACUGUAGAACUCAUCUCUGUUUUCAUGCAGAUCUUUUUAUAUCAUUUAUUCUCUGCAGCACUUUGAGGAAAAGAAAUGAAAACAGAGUUUGCCUGGAGUCGGACGCUCAGUCCCGUCUUGUGCCUUGAGAUGUGAAAAAUUGACAUUUUAUACUAAAGUUUGAUUUUUUUUUCUUUUUUGGAUUAUACAUGUUGUGUUUUGGAGGUGAAGGAUUAUUCCCUGUGUCCCUGAAUGUCUUCUCUGAUUUCUGAAUAACUGGAAAGGGAUUUUUUUUUUUUUUUACCUUUAAUCUUGCGUGCCUUUUUGUUUUUGCACAGAAUGUGUAAAUUGCCUUAAAUGUGAAUGGAUUUGCACUGUGAUGAUUAUUGAUGAUUAAAAUAAAGAUAAUUUUACUAUGA